AUGUCGCAACGAUUGAAACCUUUCACUUCUGUGACUUUUAGUAAAUGUUCGGAUGUUGAGAAGGCUAAGCAACAUCUCCGAGAAUAUAAAGCAACAGGUGGCGAUGAAUCUCUUACAAGAGAAUACAUCUUGAAUCCUUUUAUUUAUGAGCCUUUGAUGAAGUUUGUUCCAAAGACUCUUGCACCAAACGUUAUUACAUUGGGUGGAUUUAUGUGUUUAUUAAUUUCUGGAAUUUGUUCUUUUAUUACUUGUCCAACUUUCACAGAACCUGUGCCUUCAUGGGUUUUUCUUAUCAAUGGUAUUGCAUUGUUUUGGUAUCAAACAUUGGAUAAUAUGGAUGGAAAACAAGCACGUAAUACUGGAACAAGUUCACCUCUUGGAGAAUUGUUUGACCAUGGUGUUGAUGCUUUAGCUACUACUAUUUGUGCCAUUUCAUUUUUGUGCACAUGUGGUCAAGGUGCCUCAAUUACUUCUUAUGCCAUUUGUCUGAUUGGUUAUGUUCCAUUUAUUUUUGCUACCAUGGAGGAAUAUUAUAUUGGAGGAUUAUAUUUAGGAAAGAUUAAUGGACCUAUUGAAGGAGUUUUAGGUUUUAUUACAAUUCAAUUUGUUGGAUUUUUAUUUGGUUAUGAAUUCUUCCAUAAACCAAUGCUUGGUCCAAUUCCAUUUUGGGUUUUAUUCACAGUUCCAACUUUCUGUGCAGCAAUGUACUCUUCUGCUGAAAAUGUUAUGAAUAUUAUCAAGAAGAUUAAGAGUAAUAAGAAGGCUCUUGAGGAAAAUAAGGUAUCUGAAGCUGAAAAAUCUUCUCCAUGUUUUGAAACUGAUGUUGUUAAGGCAUUCCUUCCAGUCAUUCCAUUCGGUAUUUUAAUUGGGUCAUACUUUGUUAUCUCAAUGGUUGAUCCAACUGUAAAGAGUCAUCCAUUUGCAUUCCUGAUUAGUAUGGGAUUUGGAUUUGGAUAUUUGGCAAGUAAUUUGACACUUUCAUUCCUUCUCAAGAAACCACUAGCCACUUCUUCCUAUAUGUGUAUUUUACCAGCUGUUUAUUUGGUUAACACGCUAUUAGGAUCAAUUAUUCCUGGUCAUAUUUGCUUAUUUGCCUGUUUGAUUGUUUCUGCAGCCAUUUAUGUAAAUUAUGUUUUGUCUAUUAUUGAUGAUAUUUGCAAUGCAUUGGGAAUCAACAUGUUCUCAAUUUCUAAGAAGAAACAAUAA